AUGAGUUCACACGCUUCCCUGAACCGACCAAAAGUUUCACGAUUAUUUGGAAAUAUUCUGAAACCAAUUAAUAAUCCUCCUGAUGAUCUGUCUUUGCAUAAUCGGAACGUCGGAAAAAUCACAGUCGACUGUAAAUUUCACCUCUCAAAAUCGAAAUGGGGUGUCUUAGGACAUGCUGAGAACCCCGCUGGAAUCAUUUAUAUGAGCCUCGGGUUUCAUCAACCCGGUGACUGCAGGUUGUCUCAGGCAACUGUCUCUGUUACUUUCAAGGAAUACAAAGAUGGAAACAGAAACGAUGAAGCUUUCUCGAGUUCUUUGCACAUCGACAAUCGGUUUGGACCAAAGGAACUAUUUGGCGAAGAGAGAAAAGUUUCUGUGAAAAAAAACGUUCAUUUUACACCCAACUUCACGGUUUUCGGCAACGGAGGCGGCGGGAUUGGUUUCGAUAGAGUUAAAGGUUCUGUGCGCAGUAGUCGUUGGAACUUCAAAGGCCAUCUGAUACCUGCAGUCCACCCGAAUCAGCAGGGCCACCAGACAGGCGUUUAUAGAACAUUGAAGUGGGAUUUGAUAGAGAGCGAUUUUGAGACACAAGCCACGCAUGGUGACGUUAUUUAUACUGCAUUUGCAUUUGAGCACGCGGGUGAUGCGUUCUACAUGGAGGUCAAAAUUGAAGGAAAGCUGAAAAGUCCUAAAGAUAGGAUCAGAAGAUGCUUAAAAUUCUCCUCAAGGGCAAAAGGAAGCAAAGUAGCAACUUUAUUGGUUGAACCUCCUCGGAAGAUCGGCUUUGGUACCCAGCUCGAUGCGCUGGCAGAUGCUCUCCCCAGGGCAAUGGAGAUCGAAAAUUUGUUAGCUGUACCAACAGAAGUGCCACAUGCUGUGUCCGCAUUCGCUCGACUGGGUGGGAUCGCGGCAAACGCCUCAGGACCAAGCAUAAAUCGAGCAAUUAUUAACCCUGUUGAAAAAUCACGAGCUACCAUUGGUUCCCCCACAUUAAUUCGAGGGGUCUCGAACCCUUCCCUGGGAGAUCCAACAUAUCCUUCCAUCGAGAACCUUACAAAAGCUCUCUCAGUAUUUGUAGACAGAAGACAGCAAAACGCUCAAAAUUCUAUAACGAAACCGGAAAAAUCAACCUUGAAGCCAAUUGAAGAAGUAGUCGAACUGGAGAGUGAGUUGAAAACAGACGUUAAAUCUUCAUGCUCCUCUUCGGAUACCAUACUGGUCAAUCAGGAAGAUCCAGAACCACAUCAUGAAAACCUGGCGAUUAUCAAAAAGAAGCAGAUAGAUAAAGACCUGCUUCUUCUCUCCCAAUCGCCAUAUAUCUUGUGGAUCAUGCAGAUGUUACUCAGAUUGGCGGGGCUAUUCAGGGGGGUUAACGAAACUGUUGGAGAAGCUGCCAUCUUUUGA